AUGAGCUGCAUCCCAAACGGCCUCGCCCCCCUGGGGCUGGUGCUGCUGCUCUGCGGAGCCCAAGGCUUCUUCCUGCCCAACGUCACGCACUUGGAGAAGCUGCUCAGCAAGUACCGGCAGGACGGGCCGCACGCGCGGGCCCGCAGGGCCAUCCCCCGGUCGGACCAGGAGGAGAUCCUCAUGCUGCACAACAAGCUGCGGGGCCAGGUGCACCCCCCGGCCUCCAACAUGGAGCACAUGACCUGGGACGAAGACCUGGCGAGGUCGGCGGCGGCGUGGGCCCACGAGUGCAUCUGGGAGCACGGGCCCACCAGCCUGCUGGUGUCCAUCGGGCAGAACCUGGCCGUGCACUGGGGCAGGUACCGCUCUCCCGGGUUCCACGUGCAGUCCUGGUACGACGAGGUGAAGGACUACACCUACCCCUACCCCCACGAGUGCAACCCCUGGUGUCCAGAGAGGUGCUCGGGGGCCAUGUGCACCCACUACACACAGAUAGUGUGGGCCACCACCAACAGGGUCGGCUGCGCUGUGCACACCUGCCCGAGGAUGAACGUCUGGGGAGACAUGUGGGAGAAUGCCGUCUACCUCGUCUGCAACUACUCUCCAAAGGGGAACUGGAUUGGAGAGGCCCCGUACAAAACCGGCCGGCCCUGCUCCGAGUGCCCGCCCAGCUACGGAGGCGGCUGCAAGAACAACUUGUGUUACCGAGAAGGAACUUACGUCCCCAAACCUGAAACAGACGAGAUGAACGAGGUGGAGAUGGCUCCCGUGACUGAAGGGAAACACGACUGGGUUCAGCCGAGGGUGAUCAGACCCAAGAAAACGUCCGCCGUGAGCUACAUGACCCAAGUGGUCAGGUGCGACACCAAGAUGAAGGACAAGUGCAAAGGAUCCACGUGCAACAGGUACCAGUGCCCAGCAGGCUGCCUGAGCAACAAGGCCAAGGUCUUCGGAACUCUCUUUUAUGAAAGUGCGUCCAGCAUAUGCAGGGCUGCCAUCCACUACGGGAUCCUGGACAACAAAGGAGGCCUGGUGGACAUCACCAGGAACGGGAGGGUCCCCUUUUUCGUCAAGUCUGAGAGGAAUGGCAUGGAGUCUCUGAGCAAAUACAAGGCAUCCAGCUCGUUCACGGUGUCAAAAGUAAAAGUGCAAGACGUGGACUGCUACACCACCGUCGCUCAGCUCUGCCCAUAUGAGAAACCAGGGACCCACUGCCCACGAGUUCGUUGUCCGGCAUACUGCAAAGACGAGCCAUCCUACUGGGCUCCUGUGUUUGGCACCAACAUCUAUGCAGACACUUCGAGCAUCUGUAAGACGGCCGUGCACGCGGGAGCCAUCAGGAACGACAGCGGGGGCUACGUGGACGUGAUGCCCGUCGAUAAGAAGAAGACGUACGUGGGCUCGCUCAGGAACGGGGUCCAGUCUGAAAGCUUGGAGGCGGCUCGGGACGGAAAGGCCUUCCGGAUCUUUGCUGUCAGGCCCUGA